GCUAGUACAAAACUACUUGCCAGCUAUCCCAAACAACUCCAAGAACAAAUACUGGAUUAUCUUUUUUUGCCCAACUUUGGAGCUUCUCUGCAAAUUUUGAAAGUUGAAAUUGGUGGAGAUGUUCAGAGUACUGAUGGAUCAGAAGCAUCACACAUGCACACCGCUUGGGAAGAAAACUACUCCAGGGGAUACGAAUGGUGGCUGAUGGUAGAAGCGAAAAAGAGAAAUCCAGAUAUCAAACUUUAUGCUCUGGCGUGGGGUUUUCCUGGAUGGAUUUCACCGGACAAAUCUAAUCCGUACAAAAAUUCUUCGGUCCUGGCUGAUUAUAUUGUCAAAUGGAUAGCUGGAGCUAGGACAUACUACAGUCUGGAAAUUGAUUUCAUAGGGAUAUGGAAUGAAAGAGACUAUAACAUAGGUUAUAUUAAGACUUUAAGGGAUGUUCUUGAUCAAAGAGGAUUCUCAAAUGUCUUGAUCAUAGCUUCAGAUAAUGGGUGGGGAAUUGCCAGCGACGUUUUGAAGGAUCCUGAAUUAGCUUCAGAUGUAUAUGCUAUUGGAGCUCACUAUCCAGACACAUACUCAUCCACGGCAGCUCAGAAAACAGGACAUUUGCUGUGGGCUUCUGAAGAUUAUAGUACCUAUAAUGAUGAAGUUGGGGCCGGGUGCUGGGCAAGGACUCUCAAUCAGAACUAUGUAAAUGGUCUUAUGACAGCUACCAUUUCAUGGAGUUUGAUUGCUAGCUACUAUGAGGGUCUUCCUUUCUACAGAGAUGGGUUGAUGACGGCUGCUGAACCAUGGAGUGGACAUUAUGUUGUCAACAGCCCUAUUUGGGUUUCAGCACAUACAACUCAGUUUACUUCAUUUGGAUGGAAAUAUCUUCAACAUGGCAGUGGUGUCGGCAAACUGCCGCAGGGAGGCUCCUAUGUUGGUCUUGUCAAUCCGACUGUAGGAGAUCUUACAAUUAUUAUAGAAACUAUGACUCAUGCUCACUCACACUGCGUGUAUUCUAGAAUACCAGCUUAUACUGUGUUACCACAGAAUAUAACAAUAGUUCUUGGAGGUCGCUUUGCCAGCGUUUCCAAGCUUUAUGUUUGGUACAGCCAACUAAGUUUUAACAGUACUCUGGACAGUAUGUUUGUUAACAAAGGAGCAGUUGAGGUUGUAAAUGGUUCAGUACAGCUCAGCCUAGGAUUGGAUGAGAUGUACACGCUGACCACAGUAUCUACAGGAUUGAAAGGAUCUUACCCGCCACCCCCCGAAUCCAGACCAUUUCCUCUGCCUUACAGUGAUGACUUUGAAGGUUACAGUUUACAUCAAGAACCCAGCAACCUUGCCCAGCAACUUGGUUCUUUUGAAGUUCUUCAAUCUGGUCACAAUCAGUUCCUUAGGCAGAUGGCUUUGAGCACACCAAUUACAUGGUGCGGGGAAGAUAAAAUGGACAAAACUCUCAACAUUAUUGGUAACAGUACAUGGCAGGAUAUACUUAUCGAGGUAGACUUUGAGUUUCCCGUCGUGAAUGCUACAACCGGUGUGUUUGUGGCAGCUCGUGUAAAUCAAGCUCAGUGUAGUAAAGAUGCAGCUUCUGGCAUUUACCUCUUUGUAACUCCAGAAUACAACUUCAUCCUUGCUAGUAAUAUAGCUAGGACUGCAGUAAUAACUACAGGCACUUUGCCACAUGGUGGAGGUUGGCACAGGUUAUCUCUCUUUGUCCAGAACCAGACGGCAUAUCUGGCUUAUGAUGAACAGCCUCUUGUAAUUGUUGCUGGCAUUCCAAAAACUCCUUUGUCUGGAUUUGUUGGAAUAGGGACGGAUAACUAUGGCCUUGCAGAUUUUGACAACCUGCAUAUUGCCGGUAAUGAGGAUGGAAUCAAACAAAUGAAAAAAUACUUCAAUCAGCCUUUACCACGGCCACUUUACUUUCGUCCAGAACAUCAGUAA